CCCCCGCCCUGGGCCAUGGCCCAGCCCUUGUCCCGGCCUCUCGUCCUAUCCUCAUCCAGCCCUUGGACCCCAGCCCCGCCCUCGCCCCGCUUCCCAAAUCGGCCCCAGCCCGGACCUGGGUCCCAGCGAAUGCCCAGAUCCAGGUCCCAACCCAGGCCCCCCCUCCUGUCCCAGUCCCCGUGCCUGCCCUGGCCCCGGACCCCUCCUCUGCCCUUGUUCCACCUCCUUUCACAAAUCCCAGUCCAACCCCUGUCCCAGCCCCAUGCCCAGUAUUUGCUUAAACCCGGGGCCCAAACCCUGCCCUUGCCCCAGUCCCCGUUACAGCCCCUCCUUCCAUCCCAUUCCCUGCCCUUGUUUAAGCCCCGGUGCCCAUUAUCUCAUCCUUUGCCCUCAUCUCUGUGUUUACCCAAGUCUCUCCCACUACCUACCCCUCUCUCUCAUACCCUGCCCCUCUCCCAGCCUCGACUCAGGUCUGGGCUCCAGCUGCCUCCAGCCUUAUUGCUGCUGUUGCUGUUCUCUGUCCUUGGUCCGGGGGCUGGAGGCCUCUUCCUGACUGACUACUCCACGUGCUCACCCCGCAAGCUGAGUCCCUUCCGCUCCUUUGCCAGCACUGAGCUCUUCCACUUCCAUGUUCCCGAGGACACAUUCCUGGCUGUUUGGAACCUCAUCAUCUUCAAGGAGCAGGGGGGCACCUUUGGGGACCACUGCCCAGACCAGAGUGUGACUGUGUAUUUCCGGUCCGGGGCACCCCCUGUCAUCAAUCCCCUGCACACACACUUCCCAGGGGACACGGCUGUGCCUGGGGUUUUCUCACUGACCCUCAGCUGGACACUGCCCAACCGCACCUCAGGCAUCUUUAACGUCAGCAGCCCCUUACCUGGGGACUGGUUCUUGGCUGCUCACCUUCCCCAAGCCCACGGCCACAUCUCUGUCAAGGGUCUCCAGGAUGAGUGUCAGUACCUUCUUCAGCCGCAGCUGAUUGUCCGCCGUUUGCUGGAUGUUGCUGUGCUGGUGCCUGGCCGUCCCUCAGAGCAAACUCUCUCCGCUCACAAUCGCUCAGCGCUGUACAAGGUCUUUGUGCCCAGCUUUACUUACAGGGUUUCAGCACAGCUGGUAUGUGUGGGGAGCCGUGGGGUGUUGGCCUGCCCACUGACAUUGCGCCUACGUCCCAAGGCCCCACCUCUGCACAACUCAAGCUCUGUGUCCUGUGGAGGUGCCUCAGUAUGCCAGCUGGAGCUGGCACUGCCCCCCUGGGGGCACUGGGUCUACGUGCGUGUGGAGAUACCAUCCCGGGGUCCUGGCAGGACCAUCCGCUUCCAGCUGUGUGUGCGGUUGCAAGAGUGCCCACAGCCCAGCCUGUCCCGUGUCCUCGUCCCUGGAGCUGCCAUGAACAUGCCCCAGUCCCUGGGCAACCAGCCACUGCCCCCAGAGCCGCCAUCCCUGGGGGCCUCUGCGGAGGGGCCUGGGGCCACAUCCCCACCAGAGCACUGCUGGCCAGUGCGCCCAACACUGCGCAAUGAGCUGGACACCUUCUCCGUCCACUUCUACAUCUUCUUUGGCCCCAGUGUGGCCCUACCGCCUGAACGCCCUGCAGUGUUUGCCCUGAGGCUGCUACCAGUGCUGGACAGCGGAGGUGUCCUCAGCUUGGAGCUCCAGCUCAAUGUGAGCUCCCUGCUCCAGGAAAAUGUGACAGUGUUUGGAUGCCUGACUCACGAGGUGCCCUUGAGCCUGGGAGAUGCAGCAGUGACCUGUUCUAAAGAGUCCCUGGCUGGCUUCCUCCUCUCCGUCAGUGCCACUUCCAGAGUGGCCAGGCUGCGAAUCCCUUUCCCACAGACUGGGACCUGGUUCCUGACCCUGCGCUCCCUGUGUGGGGUGGGGCCUCGGUACGUGCGGUGCCGGAACGCCACGGCAGAGGUGCGGCUGCGCACUUUCCUGUCCCCUUGCGUGGACGACUGCGGGCCCUACGGCCAGUGCAAGCUGCUGCGCACGCACAACUACCUGUACGCUGCCUGCGAGUGCAAGGCCGGGUGGAGGGGCUGGGGCUGCACCGACAGUGCAGAUGCACUCACCUACGGAUUCCAGCUGCUGUCCACGUUACUGCUCUGCUUGAGCAAUCUCAUGUUUUUACCACCCGUGGUCCUGGCCAUUCGGAGCCGAUAUGUGCUGGAAGCUGCUGUCUACACCUUCACCAUGUUCUUCUCCACGAUAACAGUACCAGGACAUACAGGAUUGUCUUCUUCCCUGUCUUCAAAGCCAGGAGAGUCUACACCUGGGAGUAGGACAUUGAUUCCUAUCCAGGGCAUGGGGUUUUACCAUGCUUGUGACCAGCCAGGCAUUGUGGUUUUCUGCAUCAUGGACUACGAUGUGCUGCAGUUCUGUGAUUUCCUGGGCUCCUUAAUGUCCGUGUGGGUCACUGUCAUUGCCAUGGCUCGUUUACAGCCUGUGGUUAAGCAGGUGCUGUAUUUGCUGGGGGCUAUGCUGCUGUCUAUGGCUCUACAGCUUGACCGGCAUGGACUCUGGAACCUGCUUGGACCCAGUCUCUUCGCCCUGGGGAUCUUGGCCACAGCCUGGACAGUACGCAGCGUCCGCCGCCGGCACUGCUACCCACCCACGUGGCGCCGCUGGCUUUUCUACCUGUGUCCAGGCAGCCUUAUUGCAGGCAGUGCUGUCCUACUCUAUGCAUUUGUGGAGACUCGAGACAACUACUUCUACAUUCACAGCAUUUGGCAUAUGCUCAUUGCUGGCAGUGUGGGCUUCUUGCUGCCCCCACGAGCUAAGACUGACCACCGGGUCCCAUCUGGAGCCCGGGCCCGGGGCUGUGGUUACCAGCUGUGCAUCAAUGAGCAGGAGGAGCUGGGCCUUGUGGGCCCAGGAGGGGCCACUGUCAGCAGCAUCUGUGCCAGCUGAGAGGGACUUUGGGCCUGGCCCUUGGGGAACAUGAACCCUUCUUAGGGGCAGAGAGCCCUUUCUGGGAAUGUGGAACCUACCCAGGGAUAAGAGACAGGUUGUAUUUCUUGAGAACAUGGAGUGUUUCUUAAAGACAAGGAGCUCUUCUACGGACUUGGCGUGCUUCCUGAAGGCCUGGAGUCUUCCUGCAACCAUGGAUCCUUCUUAAGGACUGGAGCCCGUGCAGGCCCCAAGAGCCCCUCAGGACCAAGGAGUCCCUCAUAGGGGUGUGGAGUCCUUCCUAGGGAUAUGGAGCCCUCAUAAGGACCUGGAUUCCUUCUGAGGGAGACAAAGCCCUCUCAGGACAUGGCAUCAUUCCUGAGGAAAUGGAGUCUACCUUGGGGAAACUGAGUCUCCAGUUGAUCUUCCCAGCAGCUCAGCAACUCUGGCCUCAGGCUCCUUCCCAAGGCAGCGUCUUGGCCAUGCUGUGCCAUGCUAUGCUGGGAGGGGGAUUACAGGACUGAUGGGGCUGGGGCAGGAGUGACUGGUAUUCUCAGUUGAUGCAGGUGGAGUCUGGCGUGUCUCCAAUGAAGUAUUUGCUGGA